GCUGGGGUUAAAAAUGUAAAAGUUGAACCACAGAUUUAAUCUUUAGGUUGACAUGAAACUCAGCCUACAGUUUUAAAAAAGUAUUCGAGAAGAGUAAAAGAAGCUCGUUCAACAGUAUAUUUGAACCCUGUGGCCGGCACUUUUCUGUUCUUAACUCAAAGUUUCACCAUGUCGAGUGGAGUUUGGGGCCGGGUGGGCGCACUGACAUUAAGUAUACAGCAGCUGGGUCAUCUACCACGCCUGUCAAGCUGGUUACCUUCUCUUCCCUCACCUCAAGCCACCGUGCUUGCCUCAGAUGUACCCAGCCUGUUUCGCGAGCCCUUUAUCCUGUCAGGCUACCGCCCUCUCAAUCAGGACUGGAGGAACUACUUGGGAAGUCUUUUCCAAAUCCACAAUGAGUUACUCAAUGUGUGGACACACCUGCUGGUAAUCCCUGUUUUUCUGUUCCGCUUUUCAUUCUUUGCGUGGACAUGGGGGCUGAGUCUGAAUGUGGCAUCUCUGCCUCUUUUUUUAUACACUUUGUCCUCGCUUAACUACCUUUGCUGUAGCGUGGCAGCUCACCUGCUGCAGUCACGCUCCGAGCUGGCACAUUACUCCCUCUUCUUCGUGGACUAUGUUGGAGUUGCGGUUUACCAGUAUGGCUGCUCUUUAGGCCUGUAUUUUUAUUGUGCCACUCCCGAGUGGAGACAGAGCCUAGUGGCCGAUGUGUAUCUGCCUGGUGCCGCAGUGCUUGCCUGGCUGUCCUGCGCCAGCUGCUGCUUCGCCAAAGCCUGUUACAGUCGUCCGUACCCACUCUCCAGGAAGAUCUGUCAGAUCAUUCCCACCGGCCUGGCGUACGUGCUCGACAUCAGCCCUGUCGCUUACUGUCUGGCCACCAAAUCUUGGGAUAAGCCAGUGAUGACUUUUCACGCCCUGCAAGUGGUGUUUUUUAUAUUAGGAGGGGUGUUUUUUUCUUUACCUAUCCCAGAGCGUUUCUUUCCAGGAAGAUGUGACAUUGUGGGCCAUGGCCAUCAGAUCUUCCACGUCUUCUUGUCCAUGUGUACUAUGUGCCAGAUGGAGGCAAUACUUAAAGACUUCAUGGAGCACCAUCAGUCCGUAAUAGAGGUGCAUGGAGAAAACAUCAUCUUACUGGCUGCAGGGUCUUUCUUGCUCUUGGUUUUGUGUAGUGUUGUGACCGUGGUUCUCAUGAGAGAAGUAGUGCAAAGACAGCUCGAGAAAAAAGACUGAACAAUAAUCUUUACAUGUUUGCUUAAUUUACAUAUCAAUCGGAGACGUUCAGACACACAGAUUCAGAAUAAUUAUUUCAGUGGUCAGUAUAGUGUUAUUUGCAAAGCUCCAUCAUCACAUUCUGAUAUCCUGUAUAUCGAAUUUUUCGCUUCGGGAGACAUAUGACUUAUUACCAAAUUCCUUUCAUAACCAUAACAAGCAUAAAUGCUUGUUUUCUCCACCAUUGCAUUCACUGCUUAUAGGAUAAUCCAGUUUGACAACAUUCCUGUAAAAUUCAGUACUGUAUGAGUUUGGAUAACUGCCACAUUUACAUGGGACUCCACACAAAAACAUUCAGAUCAUGAAGUAAAGGUGGAUUUGGUACAAUCAUGUUUUUUAGAGGGGGGAGGGAUGGGGUGAUCAGAGGAACAAAGAAGUUUAUUAUGCACUUAGUAUACUGUUUUGUAUUAAGAACAGAUCAAAUCAUAUGCACUGCAAAAAAUGACUUUCUAACUUAGUUUUUUUGUAUUGUAAUCAUAUCUAAACAUUCUUAAACCAAGAUGCAUUUUUUUUGAUGAGCAAAAAGAAAAAAAGUCUCAUUUUUAGACAACAAAUGUACAAUUUAAAGGGACAUUCCACUUUUUUUUAAAAAUAUGCUCAUUUUCCAGUUCCCCUAGGGUUAAACAUUUGAUUUUUACCGUUAUGAAAUCUAUUCAGCUGAUCUUCAGGUCUGGCGCUACCACUUUUAGCAUAGCUUAGCACAAUCCAUUGAAUCUGAUUAGACCAUUAGCAUCGGGCUAAAAAAUAAGCAAAGUGUUCGAUAUUUUUUCUAUUUAAAACUUGGCUCUUCUGUAGUUACAUCGUGUACUAAGACUGACGGAAAAUUAAAAGCUGUGAUUUUCUAGGCAGAUAUGGUUAGGAAUACUCUCAAACUGGCGUGAUAAUCAGUGACUUUGCUGCUGUAACAUGGCUGCAGCAGGCGUAGUGAUAUUAUGCACUGCUGAAAAUAGUCCCCUGCCAUUGAAAGUAACCAAGGGGACUAUUUUCAGGCAGUGCAAAAUUAUUUAUUUAAAGUCGCCAUGAAACGGAAGUAUCAAUUGCCUAAUUUUCCCCGUGGUGACGUGUAUCCGAGUAAAACGGCCUCUGAAAUGGAAUAAGGCAGGGCUGGAUUUGAAUUUGUCCAUCGAGAUCUGAUUGGAUCAUUUGAAGUUGGGUCGUGUUGCUAAUUGCUAAUCGCAGCGGUAUUCUCCCGGACCCCGCCCACCUGCCAUACAUUAUGACCGGAAGUAAAGAGAGUUCGUUUUUAGGAGGGGAGGAGAUUUGCAUUUUUUAUUAAAGAUUAUGAGGGCACAUGAAUUUUUAAAAAUCAAUGAAGCUCACAGAUAAAUCAUUUGUAAAAAAAUAUCACAAUAUUACAAAACAAAUUACAGUCUUCUAUUUUACUUUCAUUGCAACUUUAAACAUUUAUUUCAAGAAAAUAUUUUUUCCUCUUUGCUUGAUUUAAGCACUAAUUCAAUAAAUUGUAUUUUUUUAUCUAAAAACAUAACAGUUUUUUUUCGGUCAUUUCGCUCAUCAA